AUGUCGUUGAAUGGUCCAGUGAUGGCCGACAUGUAUGGCGAAGACGAACGCGGCAAAUCUCUGGCUAUGGUCAACUUGCUCCCCUUCCUUGGCCCAGCACUUGGACCCAUCGUCGGUGGUCUAAUUACCCACUCUAUACAUUGGUCGUGGGUUUUCUGGAUCAUGAGCAUCUUCAACGCCUUCAUCCUGGUUGUCGGUUUCUUCUGGAUUCGCGAAUCGUAUACGCCAGUCUUGCUACGUCGUAAAGCGUUAGCUGAUGGUGGUAACGUCCCUACUGCUAAAGCAGAACGCGCUCGUAUUGCGCGGAACCUCUUGCGUCCGGUCCGCAUACUUGUGCGAAGACCUAUCAUCUGGCUCAAUGCACUGACCGCAACGUUGUCCUUCGCUGUCUACACCCUUGUGCUCUCGACAUAUGCGUCGCUGUGGAUCGAGAAGUACGGACAAUCUGAGCUGACCAGUAGCUUGCACUACAUAUCGAUUGCGAUCGGCGCGACACUUUGCGGCCAGCUGGGCGGUCGUAUUAUGGACUGGUGGUAUCGACACCUGACCAAACGGACUGGUGGUAAAGGUGUUCCCGAGUUCCGCAUCCCGUACAUGGUUCCUGGGAUGGUCAUCAUGCCAGCCGGUCUUUUCUGGUAUGGUUGGUCCGCCGAACGCACACUCCACUGGAUGAUGGUCGACGUCGGCGUCAUCAUAUUCACGCUAGGCAGUUUCAUUGUGAACCAAGCAACAAUCGCGCAUAUGAUCGAGGAAUUUGGCCAGUUCGCAGCUUCUGCAGGUGCUGGUGUUCGCUCAGUUUCAUAUGGUCUUGCGUUUGUGUUCCCGAUCUUCGCGCCUAAUCUAUACAAAACGCUGGGAUAUGGGUGGGGUAACAGCGCCUAUAAGGCGCGUGUUGAAGAGUUCCUGUCAAACAGGGUGCAGAUCCAGUAG